AUGUCUGGAGAACGGCUCAAACUAGAUCCUUCUUUGCUUGUCGUUGACAGGAAUUGCUUUACGACUGCUAUGCGUCGGAUUACUCCUGCAUCGAGAAGAGAUCUUUCGAUCCCCUCUCGACAACUGGAUGAUCGCACGUCAAUACUGUUGCUGAGCACUGUGACAUCUUUGUUGAACAUACGUAUACCGUCAGGAUACAAGAGCUCACAGUCCGUCCAAAACAGCUCAGCAUCUGAAUUGGAGAAAGUGGUGCGAGCACUCGAACAACCACCGUGUGUUCCAGCAGUGCGUCUGUUGAUAUGCGGCAGUCCAUCACAUCCUGAUCUUGGUCAAACAUCCUAUGUCCUGCCUGCAGUACUUGGCAAGCUCGAUCAUCUACCCGUUUUUUCUAUAGCGGUAGCGAGAUUGUUCGCAGAUGGAAAACCAGAGGAAACGUUGGCGCAAACGAUUCAGUCAGCACUUCGUUCAGCAGCCAAUGGACCGUGUGUUCUGCUCCUGCCAAGCAUUGACCAAUGGUUUACAGUGGUUCCGCCAAGUGUCACACAUAUGCUCGCGACCGCUCUAGACUCCAUGCAUGGGUUCACGUCCAUCCUUUUCCUAGCUUCAUGUGACUGUGCUUACGAUUCGUGCUGCGACGAAGUCAAAGAUAUUUUCGGUCCAUCCCAGUGUGUCAGCCUUACACCCCCUAAGGAACUCUAUCGACGACACUAUUUUGAGCAUAUCAUUGCCAAUGCCCGGAUUCCUCCGAAGGUUUUCGACCCUUCGUUAUACAAAGAACCUGAGAAGGCUGAUCCAGAGGACGUCACAAUAGCUCGAAAGUUGAACGAAAAAGAGGCAAGGGAACUUGUAAAGGAGUAUGAGAGUCAGCUUCGCCGGUUCCGUAUCUGGGCACGAGAUAAACUAAGCGCUCUUCGGCGUGAUCGCCGCUUCACAAUUUUCGUCAAGCCGGUUGAUGUAGAAGAUGUCGAGGAUUAUUACGAUGUUAUAAAGAAUCCCAUGUGUAUAUCAGAAAUGGAAGAUAAAAUUGAUAGGCAGGAAUAUCUCCAUCCCGAUCAUCUUUUGAGUGAUAUUCGUUUGAUACGAGACAAUGCUAUUGAGUACAAUCCAGCGACUACUGAAGAGGGUCGGAUCAUCAGGCACAAUGCGCAUGCUCUCUGGGAAACUGUUGUUGAUUUGUUCGAUGUUGACUUGGAUGUGGAUUUCGUAGAGUCGCUUGAGAAUAAUGCUAAGAUGCUGGCUGAUGCAGGUGUUGAGCCAACAAACGAAAAGCUGUUAGAAUUACCACCUGGCUUCAAAAGAACUGUUCCGUGGAGUGUUAAUGCGGGAUAUGUGACGCAGGUGGCGAAGGAAGGCGUUGAGGAAAAGAAAAGUGAAAAACCAAUCGCACCGCCCAGGACUCUUGCUGGUGGAAUGCAAAGGGUGAGAUUCCGGAACAGAAGAAAGGGUGGUUAUGCUUUCCCCAAUUCAGCAAAGAAGAAGAAGACAGCUGCAAUUGUGAAGUCUCUCAAACAGUCAUUGUCUAACAGUGUCGAUGAAAGCUCCGAGGAACAGACUUCUCAAGGGGGUUCAGACGAAGAGUUAGUUGAAAAUGGUGUUCCAAUGGAGAUAGUUGUUGAAGAGAAGAAGAAACCUGAAUCGCCGGGCAAGAGGUCUCUGGUUCUUUCGGAGGCUCGACUAAGUGAAGUUGUCAAUAAGUGUGUAGAACGUACGAAUGGAUGGUCCGUGACCGAAUUGGAGCGACUGGCUGCCGUGAUUUCCCAUGAUAUUGAAGAAUAUCGAGAUAAAUGGGAUCGUUCAAAACUGCCGUCCAAGCUAAUAUCCACUGUCACUUCAUGGGGAGCGACUUCCGGAAGAGUUAUGGAUUUCCAGAAUAGAGCUGGAGGAAAAACCGGAGGUGGUGGUGUUGCAUCUGCUCAAGAUGCUGGAGUGGAUCGAAGGGAACGGCUAAGGCAGUUGGCGUUGGAAACAAUCGAUUUACAGAAAGGAUCCAUAUUUUAUGGCGAAAUCAAUCUGGGCACUUUUAUAGUGUGA